GCCCGGGCGCUGCUGCUUACCAGGUUCCCUCUCACCCUGACGCGGCCGCGGGAGCGCACUUGCGCGCUGCUCAGGGACGCAGGGGUCGCCGCGUCGGAGGGGUCGUGGGGCGGGCGGUUCCUAUCGAAUCCCUGGACGCAGAACGUUCUCAUCUACCAAGGCGACGGCCUCUACCUCAUUGGGCCGCAGGUGCGGCGGGCUCUCCCGCCUCAGCCGACCGCCCUGGCACUGUAGGCUGUCGGGUCUGGCUCUCGUGUGAUCCAGAGGAGCCGAAGGCUCUGCCAGUUUUGAAGGGAGCUGAGGUACCAGUCGCGGCCAUUCAACUUUUCCGCGGCGGAGGCCGCUCGCACCUUGCUCACCGGUUUUUCUAGGGAAUCUGUUAUUUGGGACCACAAUGAAAAGUUAUGAGAAUGAUCUGGUAACUGACAAGCUUCCCAAGCUCAAGAGCUCAAGAGAAUGGCUGGAGCCACAACCACUUUCUUUUAUGGAGGUAUUAGCUAAGGAAGAUGUUGAUGCGGCUAUUCAAUCAAUAUUAUAUAGAGAAAAUUAUAUAAUCAAGGAAUUAGAUAAGUGUUUAAAACAUCAUGACUUCCUAAAUGCAAGAAGAAAAGAGAUAUUGUAUAAAAGAUGGGUUGAUCAUGUGGCAGAUCCUCUCCAGAAAAAAAUUAUAGAAAAAGUCACUUCAUAUAAGAAGAUUAAAAAAAGGAGACAAGAAGAAUUAGAUGGUUUUUUAAAAUAUGUAAAUAAAAAGGGAAAUGCAUUUAUAGAGCAUUAUGAUCCGAAAGAGUAUGAUCCUUUUUACGUGAACAAAGAGGACCCGAAUUUUCUGAAGGUUACCAUCCCACCAUUUCGUGACCCUCUGAAAAAGGCACAAUAUGACAAAGAUGAUGGGAAAAGAAUUCUUCUUCAGUGUGAGACUGGCAAAAUAUAUACAAUGAAAGAAUUUAAAGAGGUUGAGAAGGCCAAACUGCAUUCCAGAUUCCCAGGAAUUUCUAAUUCAAGGCAUUUAAUGACUCCAAAUGAGUGGAUUAGACUGCCUCCAAACUACAUAGAAAGUGAAUUUUGUAAAAGGAGCAGGUUAAAAAUAAAAGUGAAUUUUAAUGAAAGCAGUUUUGACUUGAGACCCUCGGCAAGAACUCCUCAUCUGGAAUUCCAAAAAGAAGAUAAAGCAGUUACUUAUAAGGUCAUCCUUUCUAUGUUAUCAGGAGGGAAGAAUCCAAGUUCCAAAGAAGCCAACUCUAAAGAGCACCUUUCUUCCUUGAACUUCCUUGAGCUAGGAGGUAGACGGGGAUUGGGACCAGGAUGCAGCGAGAGCUGGGGUAGUCCCAUUUUGCAAUACACACAGCAGCAAUUGCUGAUACCAAAAUCUGAGCAGUUGGGAACAACUCUGUAUGGCAGGCUUCCCAAAGACAGGAGGCAGUGGGCCAUCCUCCCUAGCUUCUCCCCCUGCCAAAAAAGGGUGAGGGAGCGAGUAGAAGAAACUGAGGCAGGCUUUCCUGAUUCAGGGGUAUGGAGAGUGAGACUCCAUGUACUGCCUAAUGGAGUGUCCUCUGGAGGGCAGACUGUAUAUUUCCCUAGCUCCCUCUCCUGAGUUUUUGCUCUUCUUCUACUCCUCCACCGUCUCAAUCAUCUCUCUACUAUUUAUCAGAUACCACACUCAAGCCAUGUCUCAAAUUUUGUUCCUCUUAAUUUAGCCAAGAAAGGCAAAAUUUUUCAAAAGGACCAUAUACUAAAAGUAGUAAGGUUUGAAAAGUAAAAGUCCCCAAAUGUAAAAUGUAUGGAAAUAUAGAUGUUCACCGAGCACAGAUUUCUCGUCUAAGGUGACUGUGGUUAAAGUUGGCGCUGUUUGACUCUUGUAGCCUAGCUACUGCUUCUAGGCCUAGGUGCUACUGCCCUUCAGUUCUCUUCUCUACCACCUGUGUCCCAAGUCUCUGGAGCGUAGCUUCUUUUAGGAGUGGACUGAAGAAGUCGCAGCCCAUUUCCUCAUCUCCCAGUUAGAAAUCAACAUGGAAAUGGUUUGUUAGUCUGAGUCUACAGUCAAUCUUUCUAUUUCUGACUCUUUCUAUUUCUGACUCUCUUUUUAUUUCUGACUUCUUUUCUGACUCUCUGUUUCCUCACUCCUACUCCUAAAAGAUAAGGGAGCUCCUUUGUUUUUUAACUAAUUCAUGAUAAAUGUAUAAAAACUUAAAUUUGUGGUCUCAUUCCUUUUACUUGUCAUGUUUUAAUAUCCUCCCAUGUGCUUGCUUGCUCCUCAAAUUUUAACAAGCACCUACUCUGAACCAUGCAGUAUUUGAAAGGCUGAAGACUAGAGGUAAACAAAACAGAUAAAUCUCUGAUCUCAAGGAGCUUACAUUUUGAUGAAAGAUGGACAAUAAAUAAGCAAAUAUAUGAUAUCACUGAGCUAGUAAUAAGUGCAGUGAGGAAAAUAAAACAGGAAGUUGCUGGAGAACUACCCAACACAACAGGUUUUAAUGGACAGUGAGGAAAAAUACAAGUUACUUUGUAAUCAAACCUUACAAACCCUCCUUAUGUAUUGUAAUAGUUAUGGGUAUCUUGAUAUAAUCGGCCCCAAACAAGAUUAUUCUUUACUUUUGCACUCUCUUACUUCAGUGAAUAGGGCCAUAAUCCAAGAAGGACCCCCAGGAUAAAAGUCUAGGAGUCAUUUUUUAUUUCUUGCUUUCCCUCAGUUUCCGUGUCUUCUAGCUUAUGUCUGUUAGCUUGUUCACUUCUCAGUUCCUCAGUCCUGCCACUGGUUCAAGCCACUGUGGUCUUACCUGGCCUCUUGUGCUAGCCUCCUGACUGGUCUUCCUCCUUCUGCUCUUGCCUCUGUAUAAUGAGUUCUCAUGCAGCACCAUAGUCUUUUAGAAAUGUUUAUUAUACCAAAAUUCUCCCCUACCCAAAACCAGGAAUCCUAAUGGCUUCCCUCACACUUUGGAUUUUAUCCUAACUCUUUAAUGGGUCCUCUAACCCCUGUACAGCUGGGCACCUGCCUCCUCUCCACCCUUAUCACCUGCCUUUUCCCCACACUCACUGUGUUCCUUUUCUUGUUUUGUGGCACACCUUAUCAGGCUUUUGCUUCUACCAUUCUGUCUGCCUGGAAUACCCCUUCCCCGGAUCUCUCCAUGCCUCACUCACUCAGAUCCCUGCACAAAUAUCAUCUCUCCCAAGAAGGCUUCUAUGAUUUCUCUACUUAAAAUACCUCCCUCAUCCAUUUCUCUACCCUCCCUAUCCCCUUUACCUCUGGAGAGGUAGGAUCCAGGACUCAACUGGAGGUCAGGACAAUCUCUCAUUGUAAGAGGAAGGAAGGACACAGAAUGCAUGGAUAUAGAUGAAGACACCUUGGUGAAUUUUGUGAAUGAAGACUGUUUACUUCUGUUUACUUCAUUUUCUCAGUGAAAUCAGAAGGUCAUUCAUGAACUGACAGUGAAGAUGGAGGACAAAGAUUUAGAGGUUUGAAAGGAGAAGGGAUGAAAGGAACCUAGUAUUUUAUAAAUCACAAUAAUCCUAGUGUAAAUGAGCACUCCAGACAUACUGACAUCUGAAAGCAGGACCCUCAGAUCAUAUCCCACAUCAGUAAUCUAUCACACUUGUAAUAGGGUUGGCUCUGUACUGGAAUCUCUGUAUGUUUCUGAAUCCAGAUGGAGUGAGGAGAGGCUGAGUCAGGAGGCUUAGAGGGGACCCUGCCUCCAGGCCACUUAGCUCCAACAGGAGGACUAGGCUUCAGGGAGGUCAGCGCAGCUAAGCAGAGGAAUUCUUUCUGCUCUGGAAAGCCCCUCAUCCCUAUAUCAGUCACACUUAUCUCUUCUCUUCUGUCACUU